AUGACCCACCAAACCCACGCCUACCAUAUGGUAAACCCCAGCCCUUGACCCUUGACCGGAGCCCUCUCUGCUUUACUAAUAACAUCUGGCCUUGCUAUAUGAUUUCAUUUUAAUUCAAGUAUACUCCUAUCACUAGGCAUAUUAACAAAUCUACUAACAAUAUAUCAAUGGUGACGAGAUAUCGUACGAGAAGGUACAUUUCAAGGCCAUCAUACUUCAAUUGUCCAAAAAGGCCUUCGAUAUGGUAUGGUACUAUUUAUCAUUUCAGAAAUUUUCUUCUUCGCCGGGUUUUUCUGAGCCUUUUACCACUCAAGCUUAGCCCCUACUCCAGAACUAGGUGGGUGCUGGCCUCCAACAGGUAUUCACCCCCUUAAUCCCUUAGAAGUACCACUACUUAAUACAGCUGUUCUCUUAGCCUCGGGCGUAUCCAUCACCUGAGCUCACCAUAGCCUAAUAGAAGGAAACCGAGUACAAAUACUCCAAGCUCUACUCAUCACUAUUACCCUAGGUCUCUAUUUCACACUCCUCCAAGCCUCAGAAUAUUUUGAAACAUCCUUUACAAUCUCAGACGGCGUGUAUGGUUCUACAUUCUUUAUGGCAACAGGCUUUCACGGCCUACAUGUUAUUAUUGGAUCUACUUUCCUUACCGUUUGCUUCUUUCGACAACUCAAUUUUCACUUUACCUCUAAUCAUCAUUUCGGUUUCGAAGCUGCAGCCUGAUACUGACAUUUCGUCGACGUAGUAUGACUAUUCCUUUACGUAUCUAUCUAUUGAUGAGGAUCCU